CCCACUAGAAGGAAACUGCAAUAGGAUUUGCUCAAGAAGCCCUUACUUCCUGUGACGUAGUAUGAUUACUUCCUGUUCGCAAGGCAGCAUCAUGGCGGUGCCCAUCGCGAUACAUCUGGAGUUCGGAGGAGGAGCUGAACUCCUGUUUGAUGGAGUCAAGGACCACCAUGUGACACUGCCCAGCCAAUCAGAACCCUGGGACAUGAAGCAGCUGCUGGUCUGGAUACGAGGGAACCUACUGAAGGAGAGGCCUGAGCUGUUUGUGCAGGGUGACUCCGUGAGACCUGGUAUUCUCGUACUGAUCAAUGACGCAGACUGGGAGCUGAUGUUGGUUGGCAGAUUCUUCUCCAUUCAUCUGGGUGAGCUGGAGUACCAGCUGCAGGACCAGGACAACGUAGUGUUCAUUUCCACACUUCAUGGAGGUUAACCGUCUCCAAAGGAUGCUAAGCUCACACAUGCGUAUGACUUUACGCUCUACACACUGCUCCAUCUAACCCAAUCCUACAAGCCGAUCUUGACUUGUUCUGAAUUUUAACCCAAUGGUAUGGAACUUUGCUGGAGUGUGGUUUCGACCCCGAACAGCUUCCACUUUAACCC